CACACUCAAACACUCCCACUUCUCUCUCUAUCUGGCCACCACAAAAAUAUUACAUUUCUAAGAUUCUACUACAUAACACAGAGGACCUAGUCCUAAGUCAGGAGUGUGCGCUUUACUUUACUUGGACCUUGAAUGCCAAACAUUGACAGUGUGGAGUAAUACUGUACUAGGAGGCAAAGAUGGGGAAGAGGAAGUUCUCGGGGCUGGAGCUCAUCCUCAUUGCGAUGUUCCUCCUGGUCAGCGUGGUCGCCGUGGCGCUGGUGGUGCUGCUGGCCACUGGGGAGCCUGCAGUGAUCACAGAGGGUGAGACGCCAAAGCCACCGGAGGUAGUCCCCCAGUGCCGGAACAUGCCGCUGGCUGAGCGGGUGGACUGUUUCCCAGACUCGGGUGCCUCUCAGAGAAAGUGUCUGGAGCGUGGGUGCUGCUGGAAGCCUCUUGAUGAGACCAACGUGCCUUGGUGCUUCUUCUCGGAAAACCACGGAUACAAUGUGACUAGUGAUCACCAGCCAAGCAGUACAAAGGUGGAAGCUGUCCUGAAGAGAAAGACAGCUCCCUCCCUCUUUGGUGCUGACAUGGAGGAACUGUCCUUCCAUGCUGAGAUGCAGACAGAGAACCGACUGCGCUUUAAGAUUACAGAUGCCCACAAGCCCAGGUUUGAAGUACCCCAUGAACACGUGAAGCCUCCCGCCAAUCCUCCAACAGGCCCACUUCAAUACGAGCUGGAGCUCGUCAAGCAGCCUUUUGGCAUCAGAGUUCGCAGGGCAUCCUCCAAAAAAGUCUUGUUUGACACCACUAUAGGCCCACUAGUGUUCGCUGAUCAGUACCUUCAGCUCUCUGCGAAGCUUCCCUCUCACAACAUCUACGGGCUGGGCGAGCACGUGCACCAGCAGUUCCGCCAUGACACCAACUGGAGGACCUGGCCCAUCUUCACGAUGAAUGCUUUUCCCAAUGGAGGAACUCACAACCUCUAUGGGCAUUACCCCUUCUUCCUCUGCCUGGAGGACGACAGCGGCAAGUCCUUUGGAGUCUUCCUGAUGAACAGCAAUGCAAUGGAGGUGACCAUCCAGCCUGCCCCUGCGGUCACCUACCGGACCAUCGGUGGAGUGCUGGACUUCUACAUCCUCCUGGGGGACACCCCGGAGGCCGUGGUGCAGGAGUUCACAGAGUUGGUUGGCAGGCCAGUUAUCCCUCCCUACUGGGCUUUCGGGUUCCAGCUCUCCCGAUGGGACUACGGAAGUCUGGACGAGGUGAAGAGGACAGUGGAGAGGAAUCGUGACAUUGAUCUGCCUUAUGAUACCCAGUACACUGACAUUGACUACAUGGAGGACACAAAGGAUUUCACAUAUGACCUUGUGAAGUUUAAGGACCUGCCUCAGUUUGCUGACUACAUGCACGAGAAAGGCCAGAAAUACAUUCUCAUUCUAGACCCUGCCAUUGCCAUCAGUCCCAGGCACAAUGGGCCGUACCACUCCUACGACAGGGGGACUGCAACCAACUCCUGGGUCACGGAGGCAGACGGGACGACAGCCCUUAUUGGAAAGGUUUGGCCUGGGUUGACAGUGUUCCCAGACUACACAAACGCAUCUUGCAUUCAAUGGUGGGUUGAUGAGAUUGAGAGGUUCUACAAGGAAGUGAAGCAUGAUGCAAUUUGGAUUGAUAUGAAUGAAGUAGCCAACUUUGUCAAGGGGUCAUCCAAAGGGUGUCCUGACAACACCUUAAACUACCCUCCUUUCACUCCAAACAUCUUGGAUAAGCAGAUGUACAGUGAGACCUUGUGUAUGGAUGCCAAGCAGACCUGGGGAAACCAUUAUGACGUGCACAGCCUGUACGGCUACUCCAUGACCCUGGCAACUAACGAGGCCGUGAAGAAAGUGUUUGGCAGGAGCCGCUCCUUCAUCCUCACGCGCUCCUCCUUUCCCGGAGUGGGCAAGUUUGCGGGCCACUGGCUGGGUGACAACUCCGCAAACUGGAACGACAUCAAGUGGGCCAUAACGGGAAUGCUGGAGUUCAACCUCUUUGGAGUCCCUUACAUCGGCGCGGACAUCUGCGGCUUCUUCGACGACUCGUCUGAGGAGCUGUGCCGCCGCUGGAUGCAGGUCGGAGCGUUCUACCCCUUCAGCAGAAACCACAACGCUCAGGGCUACCGGCCCCAGGAUCCUGCAUAUUACGGAGCCGACUCCCUCCUGGUGAAGACCUCCAAGCACUACCUGAACAUCCGCUACACGCUGCUGCCCUACCUCUACACCCUCUUCUUCAAGGCCCACGUCAGCGGGGACACUGUGGUGCGACCCAUGAUGCACGAGUUCUAUUCUGAUAGCAACACUUGGACUGUGGACCGCCAGUUCCUGUGGGGGGCCCACCUGCUCAUCACACCUGUGCUGGAUCCUGGCGUUGACCGCGUGAGGAGCUACAUCCCAGACGCAGUGUGGUACAACUAUGAGACGGAGGAGCGGCUCACCGACCGUAAGGAGCACAUUGAUAUGUACCUUCCCUCAGACAAGCUUGGCCUACACAUCCGAGGAGGAGCCAUUCUCCCAACUCAAAGGCCCAAUGUCACCACCACCUACAGUCGUCUCUCUCCCAUGGGCCUGAUCAUCGCACUCGAUGACAACAAAAAAGCAUCAGGCGAGCUGUUUUGGGACGAUGGAGAUUCUCGAGAUACGGUUUCUUCUGGUGCCUAUGUUCACUGCCAGUUCUCUGUGGAAAAAGACAUUCUGACUAUAAGGGUCCUGCACAAUGGUUACACGGAUCCAAAUGACCUGAAGUUUGAGGACAUUGCCAUUUUGGGUGUGAGCGGUCCACCUACAUCUGUGUCUGUGCACCAAGGCAACACAUCCACCACAGUGCCCGAAACAAGUAUUCAUUACGAUGCCACGAAAGCGGUGCUGCACCUCAGGGGGCUCGGGCUGAAUAUGGGGAUGGAUUACACCGUCACGUGGGACGAGGUGAACUCUGAUUAUGAGCGCUUUGACUGCCACCCUGAGGAAGACAGCAAUGAGGCGAAGUGCAAAGCCAGAGGCUGUAUCUGGCAGGUUUCACACUUUAACUCAGUCCCCUGGUGCUACUACCCUAAAGACUACGGCUACACCGCCACGACUGUUUCUAAUAGCACAAGCGGAUGGACUUUUGACAUUGAGAGGAACACAAGGUACCCGAGCCCACGAUCACGAUCGGCCGACAUAGACAAACUGCGUGUGGAAAUCAUGUACCUCUCUGUGCACUCUCUGCGCUUUAAGAUCUAUGAUCCAGCUACAAAGCGCUACGAGGUGCCCGUGCCACUGCAGCUGCCCUCCACGCCUGAGGCGGACGAGGCCAAGAGACUGUAUGAGGUGCGGGUCGAGCAGCAACCCUUCGGCAUUAAGGUGGUCAGGAAGAGCACGGGCACUGUCAUUCGCAAGAACACCAUGGGAGUUAUUGUUGGUCUUGAUGAUGACGGAUCGGCGCAGGGCCCCCUGUUCUGGGAUGAUGGCGAGGGCAUCGAUACUUAUGAAAAGAAACAGCACCUCUGGAUGACUUUCAAAGCAAACAAGAACACGCUAAGCAGCCAGAUCAGCCACAAUGGCCUGGCUGCUGCAGACCACCUGACCCUGGGCGAGGUGAAGGUGUGGGGCGCUGGGCGUGUGGCCAUCACCCAGGUCAUCUUCCGCACCCAGGGGACUGCUGAUGUCAGCCUGGGAUUCACGCAUAACCAGCAAACAGAGGAGCUCAUCCUGCACGCAACAGAGCGAUCUCAUCCACUGCAUCAGCCCUUCACCAUUCUGUGGAACACUGGCCUUUAACAUGCUCUCCUCAUUUAUAAGUUCAAGGUGCACAGAAAAGUACUGAAAUCAUUGCGCCAAUGGUAUCAUGAGACUCAUAUUGUACUGCAAAAACUAAGGAAAUGUUCCAGUAUUUCAGAAUUCUGUUGGGGUAUUUAUGGGCUUUGUUAAUAGCCGAAUAAAUGCUGUAUUUGACUCCCCGUGUACAUGAGGGAAAAGAAUGAAAUUCAACCUAGUGUUUUUAUCAAGGAAACAUUUUUUGUAAUAAAAUAAUUUGCUUUUGAAAGACA